GGAUAUCAUCAUGAGCUACGACACAGGUAUGUUAUGAGCUUGAAAGUGCAACUCUCAGAUUCUACACUGUAAUGUUAUGGUUUUCAACGUUGAUAUACCACAUCUCAUCAUCUCUCUUUCUUAUUAUCUUUCAAUAUGAAUUAUUGAAUUUAUAGAACAAGAACUGGAAAAGAUAUCUGAAGUAUCUGCCGAUGCUCGAAUGGAAAGUUCGAGCAAUACUGAGACAACCAACUACGGUACUAGCAACUACGGAAACUACGGCACUUUGGACUCUGGUACCAGCAACGAUGGAAUUAUUGGUACAAAUUAUGGUAACGCAAAUUACGGAACUGCAAACUACGGAACGGCGAACUACGGAACGGAAAACUACGGAACAGCAAACUACGGAACGGCUAACUAUGGAACCCCUAAUUACGGAACCGCAAACUAUGGAAACUACGGCAAUGAUGGCUACGGGCAACAACGCGGACGGGUUCGACGUCGUCGAAGACAUUAAACCUCCAGUGUUUGACAAAACUGAAUUAGGAGUUUACAAACUCGGUUGAUGCUUGCGUGACGAGAACUGCCUCGCGCCAUCUGAGUAGAAAUACCAUGAGAAGCCUCCAAUGCAAUUAAUGCUUCAUAUAAAG